AGAAUAGGAUGUGAGCCUGGUUCCCAGACGAGCACUGCGUGCAUAAGCGGCGUCUCCGUGGGACGCUCUGCUGCGCAGUGGCGGCGGUGAGGGGGUCCAGGAGCCCGGCGCGGGGACGGGGACGGCACGUGGCACCGGCGCGAGCGAGCAGACACAAGGGCCGCGUCCGACCCCGGCUCUCGCGCAGGACGGGCCCCGCGGAGGGCGCCCGGGCAGCGGCCAUGGCCAAAGCGGACGACGCCGUGGAGAUGCCGACGCUGGGCCGCCCCUUCCAGCUGGGGAUGCUCUACGACUGCCGCAAGGAGACCCUCAUCCCGGGUAUCACCCUGUGGGACCUGGACACCCUCCGGAAAAAUGUGGACGUGAGAUCGCAGAACAAGACGGAGUUUCAGAUCAUCACAUCCGACACCAUUGACGAAAAGGUCUCCGCACUAAAUAUCAAGGCAUCGCUGAAGGUCAGCAUACUCUUCGGUCUGAUUAAAUUGGAGGGCUCGGCAGAAUACCUGAGGGAUGCGCGGUGCUCCAGGCGUCAGGUGCGCGUCACCCUGCGGUACUCCACCACCACGCAGUUCAGGCAGCUGACGAUGAGCCACAUGAGCCGCCACAAUAUCUCUUACCCUGAUGCCUUCAAACGCUGCGCAGCCACCCACGUGGUCACAGCCGUGCUCUACGGGGCACAGGCGUUCUUUGUGUUUGACCAGGAAGUUUCUUCAGCAGACAGUAAGAAAGAGAUAAAGUCAAAUAUGAAGCUUUUGGCUGAAAAGUUACCAGAAUUUAGCAAGGGAGAACGGUCUUUCCAAAUGGAUGCCCUACUAAGAAGACAAGCCGACCAAUGUAUCUGUACAUUUCAUGGUGAUUUUACUCUUGAUAAAAAGCCCGUUACUUACCAGCAGGCCUUGGAAGUGUACGCCGCCCUCCCCAAGAUGCUGGGAGCGAACGGGGAGAAGGCCGUGCCCGUGAGGGUCUGGCUGUACCCCCUGACCAAGCUGAACGCCAAGGCGGCGUGCCUGGUCCGCGAGAUCAGCUUGACGCUGGUCAGCGAUGCUCAGUCCCUCAUAGAGCAGCUGGCAGAGCUGGACAUGCGCUGCCACGACGUGCUGAGGGACCCCGUGGCCACCAGCUUCCCCGAGAUCAAGAGGAAACUGCAGCAGUUCAAAGAUCUCUGCAAGCAGCACCGACAGGCUUUCCAAAGGGAGCUGGCCGGGGUCUUACCCUCCAUCCGCGGAGGGGGCAAGGAGGAAGGGGUGCUGGCGGAGAUCUUGACCAGGAUCGGCAACUCGCCGUUCAACAUUCAGAGACUCAAUGAAUUCCUCGAUGCGAAGGAGCAAGAGAUGAACUCUGUUAAUUCCAUCGUCUCCCUCCUCAAGGACGUGGUCCCUGUAGUUUCACAGAGCAGGUUACGUGAAGCUGUGACCGACCCCCAGAGGCAGUUUGUCAUCUCGUUCAUGUUCACGUCGCUGCAGGAUGAGGAGCCUUAUUUAUCGCACCUCAACGCCUGGCUCCAUUCCCGGGAUUCCUCCUGCGGUGUGAACGCAGGCAACCGGGGCCCGGAGCAACCGCGGCAGAGGGAGUGGUACGAGCAGCCCGAGACCUACACGAAGCUGCGAUGCCUGGCAAGAAAUCUUCUCGAGUUUGCCGCCGCCAACAAACCCGAGGGGAAAGCGCAUUUCGUGAUCUCCUCCGUGCCGGACAAGAGCCACCCCGGGGCCACCAUCUACCUCUACGAGGCCGGCGUGCUCGUCAGCAGCGACUUCGAGCCGCCGGCAAAGCCGCUGCCCUGCCAGCCCGAGCCCGUGGGGCACGACAGCGUGCGGCUGGCCCUGCGGCCCGGCCCGCUCUCCUCGCCCGAGCGCCUCGACCUGCUGCCGCGCCCCGAGGGCCUGUUCGAGGGGGCAGACGAGCCGGCAGCCCCCGCGGGGCAGAGCUGAGAGGGCGGCCGGGACCCCGGAGCCGCCCCCAGCCUCCAGCCCCGCCGCGCGGCCAGGGCAGGGCCGGGGGCAUCCGAGCUGCGCCGGGACACCUCUCCCUGCUCCCCGCUCAGGAGCCGCUCCCUCCUCUUCCUCCCGCUCUGCAGUCGCUCCCCGCGGGGCUGGCGGCACCCCGGCUCCUCGGACGUGUCCCUCGGCCGCCGGCCUGCUGGGGACCGCGAGGGCAGGCAGGGCCGGGGGACCUCCCCGGCCACCCGUGCCCACGCCGGGCUCCUUCCUGCCCCAUCUCCGACGGCCUCACCCUGCUCAUCCAGGGGGGUGAGCUAGUUUGGUCUGGACCGACCCCCUCCAAAGCUGAGCCUGCAGUUCCUUAAUAGCCUGUCAAUGACCAGCUGGAGACUUUUGGUCUUCGUUGUUGUCUCAUUUUUGGUGUGCUUGUCAGGUCUGUGUCUCUGUGCGUUUUGUUUAUCGCUUUCCCUGUUAUUUGCGAUUCCCUUUGAACUGAUAAUAAAUUCCCAGUAACUUUAAUAAA